AUGGGUGGCGGUCCUCGAGUCCCUUACCCCAAGCACGUCUGGUCGCCGGCCGGUGGCUGGUACGCGCAACCGAAGAACUGGAAAGCGAACACGGCGGUUUUCAUGGGAGUCAUCCUCGGUAUCACCGCCCUGACAUGGAGAUUGAGCGCGCAGCGAGAGUACAGACACAAGAUGCCAGAGCCAGACCGAUUCUUCCCUAGUCGACACUGGAGCGUACAGAUCAAGGAGCACGAGGCGGCACAGAAGGCGAACAAGGGCGAUUCAUAG